UCUCUCUCUCUCUCUCUCCCUACAACGCCCUUUUCGCUUCUCUCUCUAAAACGGCGGUCGUCUCCACAAGUCCAAGCUCCGCCAUAGCCUCACCGUUGAAAGAAAGUUUCAUCUUUCCUGUCAAAACCCUCGCUCAGUACUGAGGAGCUCACAGCUGCUUCUUUCCGAUUCAUGGAUUUUGCUUCACGCCGCAAACAUGCGUCGCAUACCGAAAGUGUUCGGGCAUAGCUCGAAUCGCAUCAGAACCGGCGACGAAUGCUCCUCCGGCGCCAGCUCCAGCUCGACCAGCCCAGCCGCCAAGAUGAAGCCGAAGCUCGACCGGCGCAACGCCAGGAAGGACAUCAAGUACGAGUACUUACUGCCAUCUGACUCGUCUUCCUCGCGCUCCUCGCCGGAGGAAUUUAUGCGCACGCGCUCCCUCGAUCUGUACGACGGCAGCUUCCGGAUAGAGGGAGUCGACGGCGAGAUUGAGAUCAUCUGCAGAACCCUAGGAUUUUCGGGGAUCGACGACUUCUCAAUAGACCCUGAGGAGUACGAGGCAAUGAAGGUGAGAUCUUCCUCUGCUCCUGUUGCUUUCAUUCAGGCUAUCGAGCCUCUAGUAGAUACCACAUCAAGGGUCGAUAACGACGCUGUUGAUUUAUAUAACCUGAAUGGUAAAGACGUUGAUUUAUAUAACCUGAAUGGUAAAGACGUUGAUAAUGGUACUGGAUUAAAGGAUAGUGUGAUGGUUACUGAUGUAACUUUGAGCAACGGUAAAUCGAGCAUCGGUUCGAACGAAUCUCGUGGAAAUGGUAUCAAGGGUGUUCGGCCGCCCCUUCUUAAUCCGCCGCCUCCUAUCUUGGUGCCUGUGAUUGAUAAAGAAUGCACAACAUGGGAUAUUUUCAGAGCAUUUACACCGGAUAGCGGCACACAAGUUUCAAAAUUUGGACUAGGGUUUUGCUUGGAUGAAGAAAGGGAAGGCCUGAAAAAGGAAGGGGAUGAGGAUGAAGUGGAGGAUAGGAGGAGCAGGGGAAUUAUGAGGGAAGAGAAUUGUGUUCAUUCGGCUUCCUGUUCAUUCACGGCGAGUUCGAAUGAUGACGAUACUUCAAGUACCACAACUGAACCAACGUUGAGCAUCUCGCCUAAUGUGAGAUUUAAACGCGUUAUUUCUGAGUGGCUGAAGGGAGAUCUCUUGGGCCGUGGAUCUUUCGGAUCUGUGUAUGAAGGAAUUGCUGAUGAUGGAUUCUUCUUUGCUGUAAAGGAAGUAUCUUUACUAGAUCAGGAGGAUGAAGGAAAGCAACGUCUCAUUCAACUUGAACAGGAAAUUGCUCUUCUGAGUCAGUUUGAACACGAGAACAUUGUCCAGUAUUAUGGCACAAAGAAGGACGAAUCGAAUCUCUACAUCUUCCUAGAGCUUGUUACUAAAGGCUCCCUUUUGAGCCUUUACCAGAAAUAUAACUUACGAGAUUCUCAAGUCUCUGCUUAUACAAGGCAAAUUCUGCAUGGUUUGAAAUAUCUGCAUGACAGAAAUGUGGUGCACAGAGAUAUCAAAUGUGCAAAUAUAUUGGUAGACACUAAUGGUUUGGUGAAACUUGCAGAUUUUGGUCUUGCAAAGGCCACUAAGUUAAACGAUGUGAAGUCUUGCAAGGGGACUGCACUCUGGAUGGCUCCUGAGGUUGUUAGAAGCCUGGGGUAUGGACUGCCAGCAGAUAUAUGGAGUUUAGGAUGCUCCGUAUUGGAGAUGCUGACUAGACGUUUUCCAUACUCACAUUUGGAAUGCCAAAUGGCAGCAUUAUUCAGGAUAGGAAAGGGUGAGAGGCCCGAAAUCCCGGAUUCACUUUCGAAUGAUGCACGUUAUUUCAUUCUCAAGUGUUUGCAAGUCGAUCCGAACUCACGGCCCACGGCUGCUCAGCUAUUGGACCAUCCCUUUGUGAAACGGCCCCUCAACCAACUCUCUUCGGGCCUCACAUCUCCUCAGUUUUCGGCCCGACAGAUUUAAGCUAAUUUGAAAACCCUGUGUUAACGAAUAUGGAAUACCCAAAAAGGACGAAGAAAAACAGAAAUGUGUGUAGUUUGUAUCUCAGUUUGUUGUGGGCAUCAAGUGUUCAAUCUUCCUGUUGGAACAAAGUUGUUCACUUUUUUUUUUCCCUUUUUUUUGGUUUUUGCUUGAAGUUUUUCUUUGGAUGCAAAUGUUGUCAUUAGGGUUAUUUAUUAAUUUUUCCAUUUAUCUCAACAGGGGGACUAUGUAUAGAUUUUCCCUCCUAACUGUCAAGUGUAAAGAGAGAGAGUGUGAAAAUGUGUGCAUUGGUUUCUGAUGUAAUUUCAUUUUUGAUUUGUUGGUUUCUUGUGAUGACAGAUUUUCGUUUUUUUGAGUAUGAAUACAUUUGAGUUGAA